AGGACUAAAGAUGGCGCCGACAGGAGGGCGUUGUGACGCGAUCGCACGUCCGCCGGAAGUGCCCGGAGGAGAGCCUGGAAGCCGGCUCAUCCUCGCGCCUGUGAGCUCUUGAGCUUCGCGAAUUGAGCAGGAGUUGCUACUCUUCUACCAGGAUCAUGGUGUUCUACUUCACCAGCAGCAGUGUUAACUCAUCUACGUACACUAUCUACAUGGGAAAGGAUAAAUACGAAAAUGAAGAUCUGAUAAAGUAUGGCUGGCCUGAAGAUAUUUGGUUUCACGUGGACAAACUCUCUUCAGCUCAUGUAUACCUUCGAUUGCAAAAGGGAGAGAAGAUAGAAGACAUUCCAAAGGAGGUUCUCAUGGACUGCGCCCACCUCGUGAAGGCCAAUAGCAUUCAAGGCUGCAAGAUGAACAACGUUAAUGUGGUAUACACGCCCUGGUCUAACCUGAAGAAAACAGCUGACAUGGAUGUGGGGCAGAUAGGCUUCCACAGGCAGAAGGAUGUAAAAAUUGUGACCGUAGAGAAGAAAGUGAAUGAAAUCUUGAACCGAUUAGAAAAGACCAAAUCGGAGAAGUUUCCUGACCUAGCAGCAGAGAAAGAAAGCCGAGACCGCGAAGAGAGGAAUGAGAAAAAAGCCCAGAUUCAGGAAAUGAAAAGGAGAGAGAAAGAAGAAAUGAAGAAGAAACGGGAAAUGGAUGAACUUAGGAGCUACUCAUCACUAAUGAAAGUUGAGAAUAUGUCUUCAAAUCAAGAUGGUAACGACUCCGAUGAGUUCAUGUGAGCUGAGCAAAGGACCCUGGGAAGAAAUGAAUGUGCAGACCAUCACAGCUCUUUUGAUUGUGUCUAUAUUCUGAAUUACAGAAACCAACCAACCAAAAUUCUACCUUCACUCUACGUAGACAUCAUUCAUUUUGGACCUUUUUUUUUUUUAAAGUCAUUUCUUUUGCCGAUGAAAAGAACAGAUGUGUAAUAUAGUUGAAGAGAACUUACAACUUUAGGAAAAGAAGACUAUUUUUGGCAGGACAUACGUCAGUACCUCGUGAGGGCUGGCUGCCUUUGUUCUUGAGCUAGGCAUUCAAGCAGACCAACUCUGGGAAGUGUUUCUAUAGCUGUGGUCUGGAAACAGAUGUCGCAAAAUGUGUUCCCUAUUUCUAAAAUAUCUCUGCUUCCAUUAAGACUGUCGGUGGCUUACUCAGGCCAGCACCCUUGCUGUCGAUUUCCUGGUUAAAAGAAGGGCAUAUGAGUUUUGAAGACACCCAGUCCCUUAACAGUUGGAUUUCAGUAUUGACAGGUUCUCUGUAGUUGAUGUCGGAGUAGCUAGCCCAGCUCUUAGCUCACUCCUCAAGGUGAGCGUCCCCAUCCUAGCAUCGUGGUUACAUAACUGAUCAUAACCAACUUUAGGAACUUGUUACCUGAACCUCAAGUGACCCAAGCCACUGAUGUGAUAACUAGGCUCUGCCGUCAUUUCUCUUUGUGGAGGGGGACAGGAUGGGGUGCUCUGCCAGCAAUGUGAGUGACAGUUUGCCUCAUUUUUCUUGACUGUAUCAUGAAACAAAAGUCCACAGUGGAUUGUGAGUUUUAGAGAGAAUCAAGCAGUUUCCUAGUCAGCAAGUCGUCUGUCUCCUCACCUUGAAAUAAUAUUUAUUUUUGAAUUAUAACCGCAAAGUUGUAGGCUGGGUGACUUCACAUGGAGCGUUGGUACUGGUCCAGUUGAUACAUUUUAUUAUAGUGUUUAAGGGAACCCUGGAGAGACCCAGCAAAACAGUGAGAGGGAAGAGAGAGCAAAGCCUGCAGGGAAGUGACGUCGUGCAGAUCAUAUUUUAGAUAUGAUCAUACCGCACAGUGCCCACAGCACUGGGCUGCUGAGCCAGCAGAAACGAUUUCUUCAGCAAAUGUACCAACUGUCGUCACUGAAGUUUGGCAGAGCCAGAAGACCGGUGAUGCGUGGUACUCCAAGUAGAGUAUGA